AUGAUGCCCUCUCCUCAACUUGUGCUACUUCUCGCUCACGCUGUCACGGGAAAUUACCUUCUGACCUGCUACUACAACUGGAAUCAGCCUCCACUUAAAGACGUCGACGUUUCGCUAUGCACACACAUCAUUCUGAUCGGACAGCUCACACUGGACGAAUUGGGUCAGCUGCAGAUUCCGUCGGACGCCACCUCACAAGAAUUUUCUCGGCUUAAGAAACAACGAAAAGAUCUCAAACUGUUAAUGUGUCUCACGGGUUCGAACAGAUCGUUCACGAAGCUCGUUUCCUCUCCCGAUCGUAUCUCCAGACUCGUCAGUGAGUCAUCUAACUACCUCAAGAAGUUCGACUUUGACGGAAUUGACCUCGACUGGGAAUUCCCUACGUGGAGUUCGGAUGCGCAUAAAAGCGACAGAGCAAGGUUUCCGUUACUACUGAAGGCGCUCCGGGAAAAAUAUGGUGCAUCGCUCCUCAUUACGUUAGCAGUGGCGGGACCACCGACUAUAACCAGAGUCGCCUACGACGUCACUUCAUUUAACAGGUAUGCAGAUCUAGUGCAGGUGAUGAAUUACGACUACCACAUUUUCUCUUACUUCCAUCCGUUUGUCGGCUUCAACGCGCCAUUAAGAAAGUUGAAGGGCGAACUUGGAGAUAUUGGACAAAUGAACUCGGAGGCCGCUAUGGCUAUGUAUAGAAAGCUGGGGUUAUGGGCCAACAAGACAGUUUUCGGCAUACCAACAUACGGGCGAGGUUUUCGACUGGUGAAUUGGAAAAUAAACAAACCGUAUGCUCCAGCGACGGCUGCCGUGAAUGCCUAUUCAAAUCUCGAGGCGUUAUGCAAGCUACUUGUCGAUCGAUAUCAUUACACCUACGUCUGGAACGAACAAACAGCUUCUCCUUAUGUUUACGGGGUCGAUAAAUUGUGGGACAGCUUUGAAGAUACUCGAAGUGUAAAGGCGAAGGCACGAUAUGCAAAGAACCUCAACAUUGCUGGUGUGAUGGUCUACCAUAUAGGAUCUGACGAUGUCUACGACACCUGUGGGAACGGAACAUAUCCCUUAAUCCGCGCGAUCAGACAAGAGAUCCAAUAA